GCGGCGGGGAGCGCGGGCAGCGCCUCGGGGCCGCCGUUCCCUCCCGGUGCCGCCGUUCCCUCCCGGUGCUGCCAUCCCCACCGUGCCCGCCUUUCCAUCCCGGUGCUGCCGUCCCCACCGUGCCCGCCUUUCCAUCCCGGUGCUGCCAUCCCCACCGUGCCCGCCUUUCCAUCCGCACCGUGCCCGCCGUUCCCUCCCGGUGCCGCCAUCCUCACCUGACCCCCUUUGCCCUUAGUGCCGCUUUUCCCCGCCCCGUGCCCGCUUUUCCCCCCGGUGCUGCCAUGCCGGGUCCGCCCUGCGGGUCCCUGCUCGACUACAAGACUGCCAAGUUCUCGGUGACGCGGAACCGGCGGGUGGGGCUGCUGCACCGGCUGCUGCAGCUGAGCGCGCUCGGCUACCUGCUGGGGUGGGUGCUGCUGCUGCGGAAGGGGUACCAGGAGCGCGACGCGGCCCCACGCGUGGCCGUGGUCACCAAGGUGAAGGGGGCGGCGGCGGCCGAGGCCGCGGGCCGGCGGCUCUGGGAUGCUGCGGAUCUCACCUGGCCCCCGCAGGGAGAAAAUGUGGUUUUCCUGGUGACCCAUUUCACUGCCACAGUCCAGCAAGUCCAAGGCACCUGCCCUGAGAGCCCCUCUGUCCUCGAUGGGAUGUGCACAGAAGAUGCAGAUUGUCCCGUGGGAAGCCCUGUGGUUCAUGGCAACGGGAUAAGAACUGGGAAAUGUUUGAUGUUCAAUGCCACCCAUUCCACCUGUGAAAUCUAUGGCUGGUGCCCCGUGGAGAAUGACACCCUGCCCAGGAAACCUCUUCUGGCUGAGGCAGAGAACUUCACUGUUUUUAUUAAAAAUACUGUCCACUUCACCAAAUUUAACGUCUCCAAGUGCAACACUUUGCAGACCUCUGACCCCAGCUAUUUCAAGAGCUGCACAUAUGACCCAGUCUCCCACCCCUUCUGCCCUGUGUUCCGUGUCCGUGACAUGGUGGAGGCAGCUGGAAAGAACUUUGGAGACCUUGCACUCCUGGGGGGAAGCAUCAGAGUUGUUAUCGAGUGGAACUGUGACCUGGACCACCCUGCUCCCCAGUGCCAGCCACAGUAUUCCUUCAGGCUGCAGGACACCAUGUACAAUUUCAGAACUGCCUCCUACUCGCGGGGCUCUGAGCAGCAGCUGUGCCGCACCCUGCUGAAGCUCUCCGGGAUCCGCCUGCAGCUCUCCGUGCACGCCCAGGCUGGGAAGUUCAGCAUUGUUCCCACUGCCGUGAGCCUCGGCACCAGCGUCGCCUUCUUUGGUGCUGCUACAAUGGUCUGUGACCUGGUUCUGCUCUACCUGGAUGCAAAGGCUGACCUUUAUUGGAAGGAGAAGUUUGAGGAGGCAAUACCCCCUAAAGGCGAGCCCAAGGCCACAGCUUAGGGACAUCAGGAGUGCUCCACCACAAACAUCCCUCCCUCCAGAGACACCUCCAGGAUGUGAUGGGCACAUGGCUGCAGCCCUGGUGGAGGUGGGCCAGUCCUGGGCACUGCUGGGGUUGGGAUCUGCCUUUCCUGGAGAGGCACUGGCAGCAGUUCUGGGCUCUUGGAGCACAAAGCCAUACCAGGGGCAGCUGCCAGCACUGACAGCUGAUGCCAGAGCAGAGCUGCCUGCAGGGCUGGCCAGAACCAGCGUUCUGGGGGGCAGCUGGUGCUGCUUGGCACAAGAGGCUUAAAACAUUUUGCAUUUCUCCAUGUUCCAGUGGUCAUGGGUCUUGAUUUCCCUUGAAAAACAGGGAUGCAAUGGAAUAAAGCUGUUCUGGGACUGGGAGGAGGCUCUGCUGGGUCUCUGGCCCUGGAGGGACUGUAAGUUGUGGGGUGUAGCUCUUGUACCUCGUGGCACCCUGCAUGCUUCCAGCAGGGGUGGCUUCAUGUGGGUUCUCAGAAGCUCCCUGGGAGGCUCAGGGAGGGUUUGGGAGCUGAUCUGAAGGUUCCAGCCCUGGACUGGUACUUCCUAGGGGUGUGCAGUGGCUCCUGCACCCUGGUUCCUGCCUCCUGCUAGGGCUGAUGCUCAGCAAGGACAGGCACAGGCCUGGGGUGGGCUGGAACGUUUCAGAGGUGCUGACCACUCACUCCCACUGUUCCCAGGCUGUGUUGGCUGGUGCAAGGCAGGGAUGAGCUGGGCUGUGCCAGGCUCUGCUCGGGGGGCUCCACAAAGCUCAGGAACAGUGUCUGUGGGUUUGAGCACUGUUUAAUGCUCCCUGCCAGCAGCAGCUGUGCAGGGUGGAGGAUCAUCCCAUGCAGCAUCCCCCAUCUCAGCUGCCUGUCACCCUGUGCCCCCCAGCCCGAGCUGGCCCCUCCCAGCCUCCUGCAGCUGUCUCAGGUAGAACUGUGCUGCCAGCUGCUUGGCCAUGCUCCUCAGGGCCAGGAAGGCAGCCACGACCUCCAGGAGGAGGAAGGCCAAGAAGAAGCUGUGCAUGGGCACCUCCAGCGGCAGGUGGAUGACCUGGCUGUCUGUCAGCAGGAACAGCAGGAGGGGCAGCUGGAUCAGGAAGGAGAGGAGCAGGAAGCCAGCCAGCUCGGGCACCUGCAGGAUCAGAGCCUGCUGAGGUAGGGCAAGGAAGCAGGGGUGGGCUGGGGGGACCUCUGUGCCCCUGAAGCUUCCUGCAUCAGCCUCUGGCCUCGGCACUGGCAGUGUCCCUGCCACGUGGAACUGUGCAGGUGCUGUCAAACCCCACCAGUGCUGAAGGGUUACACAGCAGAGACAGCAGCAGGGCAAGUGGGUCCCCUCCAUUCCCCCCAAGUCAGGCCUGCACCCACAACUCUCUUCUGGGACAGCCCCAGGUAGAAGUCCAGAGGAAGGGCAGUGAUGGGCACUCGGUCCCAAGUGAGGGGACAGGCAGCUUCCCCAGCUGGGCUGAUCCUCUCUGGGCACAGAGGGCUUUGUGGCCAGGCAGACGGUGCUUACCUUCUCCUGGAGGUUCCCCAGGUAGCCCAGGUAGAGGCGGCAGCCCUCAGCCAGAGAGAGGAUGAGGAAGGCUGUGACCAGCAGGAACUGGUAGUGCCAAGGCAGCAGGUGGUACUGUAAUGGGGGCACAGCCUUGUCCCAGCCCAGCUGGCCAUGCCCAGUUUCCCUUCCCCUGGGCACCAUCCCCUGCUCCCUGUAUCCUCCUCCCCAUUCCCAGCUCUCCAUGCUCUGCCAGCUCUCACCGUGCUGCUGCCCAGCUCUGCCUACUCUCCCCCCAUUUUAACCAUUCCUGCCUGGAAAGUUCAUGGUGUCCAUCUCUAGCAGAGAGAGAUGAGCAAUCUUUUCUCAUGGGAGUCAGAGCAUUUUGGGGUGCAUUAAUUCUGAAGAGGCUCCUCUGUUCCCUGCCCGCUUUGUCCCCCACCCAAACCCAGGGAGAGCAGCUCCUGCAAUCCCUGUGUGCCCCAUGGGACGGUACCUUCAGGUGCAGCAUGAUGCCCUCAGCCAGGCACCACACUGGGAAGUAGUAGACGUUGAAGUAGAGCAUCACCUGGAGGGGCAGGCUGGACAGCACCUGGUGAGCUGGGCAGGACAGGCAGGGAUGGGCAGGCUGCUCCGCACUCCAGGGCCCCCUUGCCCGGAGGGAACCCCCCUCACCGCUUGCAGGAGGCAGCAGCUGGCUGCCACAAGCAGCUGGCUGCAGCAAAUGUUGUUAUUCUUGCUGCCCGCCUUGGGUGCUGCUGCCUCAGAGGCUGAGCAGGGUGCAGUGCAGCUCCUGCCCCCUGUCAGAGCCCUGGUGCCCGUACCUGGCUGGUAGGAGGGGGCAGUGCCGCUGUCCCUCGUCCUGUUGCUGAUGAA